AUGGCAGAGGCGAGCACCCAAAGGCGAAAGCGAAAGCGAAAGUUGGAACCGCGGUCCGGUGUGUGGGAGCACUUCAACCGUUUCACAGAUGACCAUGGGAAGGACAGAGCGGAGUGCAGAAGUUGCCGUCUGGUGCUCAGCGCGAACACUACAAACGGCACGAGCAGCCUGCAGUCACGCGCCAGGCUAUGCAAAUGCAAGGGACAGGAAGCUGCAGCUGUGGGGGGACGACCGCGGCCCUCUGCUUCGUCGCGCUCAGAUCCAUCAUCUGACUGCGAGCCUGCUGUCCAGGAAGAAGCUGGCCACAAGACUAGCCUGGAAGAACAGGCCAGUGGAGACCUGGCUCGGAUGAUCGCUUUGCAUGGAUACGACUCGUCGGUCGUCGAGGACGACUACUUCAGGAGCUUCGUGCGCCGCCUCAACCCUGAAUUCAGGGUGCCCUCACGCUCUGCCAUCGAGGAGAUUUGCGAUGCAUGCCACUUCAUCGAUGAUGAAUGGAAUCUUCACAAGGUAGUCAUGGAUGCUUAUGUGGAUGUACCAUGGGGUGACUUCUAUGACCCAUUCUCUGGAGCUCCUGAGGUUUGUCUUGAUCCUGAUGUCUAUUCCAUUGAUCAUUUGAUUGAUGGUAUUUCAGGACGUGAUAUUUUGGAUAGGCUGUUCAUGAUGGCACGUGGUAAAAUGGACGGCGAUAUUGACCACAAACUGAUGUGUCGCAUAAAGCAAGAAUCAAUUAGUACCACCUACAUGGACGAGGUGCUUCACUCCAUUGCUAGCCGCCUUCUUCUAGAUACAGAUGACGGUCUAGAAAUGUGUUUACAGUCAGGCGUGCAGGAUUUACAUUUGACUAGACAAAAGUGCCAGCAGCUUCUUUCACAACUUGGUCUAGAAUGCCAAUGGGCAUACGGUGAGCAUUGGUAUGCGUGCUAUUGUUCUUUGGAAGUUCUUCGCAAGGAAGAUUCGUCUACAAUUGCAGACAUAGGUUCUGAAAUCGUAGGACUGUUGUGCAACAUUUGGGGGAAGAUAUAUGGUGCCAUUAAAAGAAUUUCAGCCUCCAGCUGUCCGACUUCAAAUCUCUGUCUUGCAGAGUUGUUUAAUGUGAGGGAAGUCUUGCAAUCUGAACUAGAACGGACUGUUGGGGACAAUGCAGAUGUUUUCAAUGAAAUGUGCUUUAGCUCUCUAUAUGACAAAGAUGUUGCAGAUGUUCUUAAAGAUGCAAUGGACACUUUAGACAAGAACUUAAAAGAUUCAUACCUCGUAUGGUCUAUACCGGUUGUACUGGAUCCCCGGUACAAACUCAGAUACCUAAAAUUCGCCUUCAGGAGAGCAUUUGGUUCUAAUGAGGCAGCAAGCUACAUCUCCGACGUAACAGAACAGAUCACUGAGCUGUAUGCUGAUUACACUGAAUAUGUUGGUGGAAUCAACAGUGCAGAUUCAAGUCUUGUCGUUGCGGCGGGGGACAAUGCUGAUCCAUCAGAACAAGCAUGGGACGAGUAUUGCCGUUCACAGACGGAACUUGAUCGUUACCUGCGCGAUAGUCCCGUGCCUCGGACGACAAAGGGUUUUGACAUUCUCAGCUGGUGGAAGGAUCACAGCAGGGAGUACCCGACGGUGUCUCGGAUGGCGAGGGACGCUCUCGCCAUGCCCACAUGCAGUAAGCUUUCUUCUGAACAACUCGCCCAUGUCAGGAGCAUUAUCCUUGGUUAUUCCAAGGAAGAGUACAGACACCCUUUGCUAAAAGAGCGAGAAAAAAGCCGUUAUGAUAGCUCUAGUGAUAGUUCUAGUGAUGUGUAG